AUGAAAAACCUAUUGUUUCCUGUCUCUGAAACUUUGCCAGCAUGGGAGGCUUGUGCAGCUUUGGCUGCUCUUGAAAAUGGUGAUUUUAUCCCUAAUGAUCUGUCGAGGGCACAUGGUGGGUAUAGUUCAACACCGAUGUCAUUUCUAGAAAAAAAAAGGUUGAAGUUAGCCUUGGCGAAGGAACAAAAGAUGUCAAAUCUAAAGGUGGAGAUUCUAGUCUCAAAGUCUUGCCUCCCUGGAUGA